UCGUCUCCCCCCUCGGUGCGUGCGCAUUUCGACGCCGAGCAGGCGGCGUAGAGAGGAAGAAGUCAAAGCUGAGAGGCAGCAGCGACUGGAGCCAACCCAGCAGACUCAGCCUCAUGCUUCAUCCUGGGCACUUCUCCUCCUCCUGUCCGCUGUCGACAACAUUGUGACAGUAUUUAUUAUAUUAUUUUUUUAUUAUUAUUUAACCAAAACAAUAAUAAUAAUAAUAAUAAUAAUAAUAAAUUUAAAAAAAGAGAGGAGAGGAGGGGGAGAAGGGAGAAGGGAGGGGGCCCGAGAAGUCAUGGAGCUUUAUUGCCUGGAGUCGGACAUAGCCGUGAGAGCCCAGCCUGACCCAAACAUCCUCUAUGAUGACAGAGUGUUGCAAAGUUUAUUAACAAUUGAGGACAGGUUUUUACCUCAGUGCUCAUAUUUCCAGCGGGUCCAGAAGGAUAUUCAACCUUAUAUGAGACGAAUGGUUGCAGGUUGGAUGCACGAGGUGUGUGAAGAGGAGCACAGUAAUGAAGACGUCUUCCCUUUAGCCAUUAAUUAUUUGGACAGAUUUUUAGCAGUGAUGCCCACGAGAAAGAAUUAUUUGCAGCUUCUUGGAGCUGUGUGCAUUUUCCUGGCCUCCAAGUUAAAAGACUGCAGGCCGCUAUCAGCAGAAAAACUUUGCAUGUACACAGACAACUCCAUCAUACCACGGGAACUGCUGGACUGGGAACUGGUCGUGCUAGGGAAGUUGAAGUGGAACAUGGCCUCAGUCAUCCCCAAUGAUUUCAUAGAGCACAUCAUACGCAGGCUGCCCCUUCCCAAAGACAAACUGGCGAUGGUCCGCAAACACACGCAGACAUUCAUUGCCCUCUGUGCCACAGAUGACCGCCUUGCUAUGAACCCUCCUUCCAUGAUCGCCACUGGCAGCAUGGGAGCUGCUGUCUGUGGCCUGCAGUUGGACCACGCUGACCAGAGGCUGAGUCGAGACAACCUGACAGACCUGCUGGCCAAGAUCACCAACACAGAGGUGGAUUGUUUGAGGGCGUGCCAGGAGCAAAUAGAGCGUGUGCUGGCCACCAGCCUGCAGCAAGGCAAACAGUACAGGCAGGAGACCGGAGUCAGAGCAGGCAACAAGGCGAGGGAGCAGCAAGACCAGUCCAGCACCCCCACAGAUGUACGGGACGUCAACUUAUGAACUCCCAGCACCACCCGAGUCACAAACGCAAACACACACCACUCAUGACUGUCUACCAGUGAACUAACAGGAGCGAGGAGGAGGAGGAGGAGGAGGCGUGAGCUGCCAGUAUCUACGUCAACGUGCCACAUGAGCGAUGGUGUGACAAUCUAUGAACUUUUAGAAAAUAAGAAAUUUCUAGUUCUUCUCUUUAUUAUUAUUAUUAUUAUUGUUAUUAUUAUUAUUUUGCCCCAGUUGUACCCAGUUGGGUGUCACCUUUUUUUUUUGUUACGGGCCACAUGUAAUCAAACAAGCUAUUUAAAAAAAAAAACCAGUAAAUUCUUGAAAACUUGAUAGUGCCUUAGGCUUCCCAGAACGGAAACCUGCAUAUAUUGUCAUACUUGAAAAAACAAAAACAAACAAACAGCAUAAUUAUAUGAAAUAUUCAUAUUUCUUUUGAUACAACCGAGCAAAAAAAAAUAGAUAUGAUAAAUAAUGUAUAUUUAGUUAGCAUUUAGUUACGUUACUCUUAUCAUCAUAAGCGAACAGUUAUAUCAAUUCACAGUUUUAUUGGAGUUUCCUCGCCUGUGAUUUAUACACAUUCGUGCAGGAAGACUCCUAUAGUAGUGAGUGAAAUGCUGAUAAUACAGUACAUGGCAUUUAAACCCAGCCAGAGGGGGGCGCUACCGUAGCUAGUUGCUCCCUCUCUCUAUCUAUCAUACUGUGCACCUGUAGCACUGCUUACUAUUUAUGCUGAAUAGUGCUGACCAGGAGUGGGCUGGGCCUGCUCACAGAGGAAGGACAUGAGGGGCUUCGAAGGUCUGGAGCAGUGGCUACUGUUAAAGGCCAAACACAGAGGACAGUCUAUUAAGGUCUUGAUUUCACUGCUAAAUCCAGAGACCAGUACAGUAUGUUAACGGGACGAUAUGUACGUGUGUAAUUAUGUAAUUCAGCGAGGCUACAUUAUUAUUGUUCUUGUUCCUGGUCUAGCUCCCCUUACAUGUUAGGAGUGAUUUAGUAGUUGGGUUGCAGGUAGUACUGAUAUUGCUAGAAGAAAAGGAGAUUUGGCAAGUUUAAUUUUUUUAUUUUUUUUUUAUACCAGGUUUGAGAGGAAACGAACGCAGUUUGAGGGGUUUUAUGUGAGGUCUUAUUUGGAAAAGAGAUGCAUGUGGAAAGUGGGGAAAUACAAGAAUUGGAUUGAUGAAUGAUAGCUGGGAAAAAAACAGCGAUAACAGGAUGUUAACUUAAGCUAUAUAAGAAGAAUCCCUGUUAAUGUCCUGGGGAGUCAGUUAAGUUGUGCUGAGGUUUCUCCUGUUAUCAACUUUAUCUUUAUUUUUUUAUUUUCUUUUGGAGAGCGGGCGACUUGGAACAAUAUUGAUGCACUUUUAAAAACACACUCCUUAAGAAUGGUAAGGGGAUGGUGGUUGAGGAGAGUUCAGUGGGUUGUUAGGGUCAUUUUUUUCCUUUUUAAGUUAUUUGUUUUUUUUUUCUGGGCUGGAUUCCCACGGGGUAACGCACGUUGUCUUGAAAGCUACGCCCCGACCGGUGACUUAGACGUAGGAUAAUUGGUGUUAUAGUAUAAUAGUCUAUAAACAAAGGAAAGCCAAGUCACUUGUAGUUUUUUUUUUUUUUUUUUUUUUUUUUUUUUGAUUCAGUGCGAUUAUUUAACCUUACUUGAAUUUUUGUUAAUUCAUAGCCAAAACCUUCCAAUAGCUCUUUCACCCACACAUACUGUGUCCUAAAUAUUCUCGUUUUGCUCUUGUAUUUUUAUGUAAACUGCUCUCUGAACUGAAGUUUUAAAACAGUCUUUUGUGAGUUUUCUCCUCCUUUUAUUAGACGAUGGGUAGGUUAGGGGGGUUUACACGGUGGGAAAAGUUUGACUGUGUAUAUAUAUAUAUAUAACCCAAUUUCUCCAUGAGCAGAAAUGCUAGAAAUCCUCAUUACAUUUUAGAACAGAAAUGUAGUUUCUAAAUUGUAUUCAUGCAUGUUCUGUUGUGCAAAAAGCCAAAUGUUUGUUUUUUUUUGUUCCCCCAAAAAAGUGCUUUAAAUAGAAAAAAAUGUUUAUGCUUUCAAAGUUUUUGUGUAUAGUUUGAAAGAUAAUUCCAAAGUGAGAAAACUAGAUUAUACACAUCAUUCUCUUGCUGCUAUGAAGCUUUUCUUUUCUAGUCUUACACAAAGAUGCCUUAUUGUGAUUCACUUGUGUGCUGCUAUAUUAUGAAAUGUUGUAUAUGUAACAAGUCUUCUUUGCUUCUCUGUAUGUGUACUGGAGGGAACGUAACACAGUUUUGGUGCGGGACUGGAAGUACUUGUGUCUGUUGAUCUUGAUUUAGCAUGUUUUUAUUCUUUUAUUGUUUCAUUUGUAUCUUUAUAUUCUAUCAUAUUCUUGCUGCUUCUUUGUAAUGUUUGUGUACCUCAGGUUAAUUUGGAUGGAUAGAGAGCGAGAGCCCAUCUCGCAUUUACCUCAUCAAACUUCACAUCACACUUUCACUCUGAAUUUGUUGGACGGGUUUCUUUUUUUUUUUUUUUUUUUUUUUUUUUUCUGUCUGGAUGAGAGGAUGGACGUAGCCUCUCCUGUUUUAAAUCAAGAAAUGUCUUCCACUGAGCAGUUAUAAGUGCCUAUACUUUAAAAUAGGUUAUUUCAUAUAUCUAAGUCAAAAAACAGCCUAUGCUGUGUGUUAUACAUGUAUCGGAAAGACAAAAAAAAAGUUCUUUUUUCCUACUUGGAGUUUCAUUGGCAUGUUUCGAUCAGUUCAUUUGGAAUUAAGUGGAAUAUUGUUUAUUUUUUUGAGGUACCCAUUUAGUCGAAGUUUAAACCACCAGAAUGUUUUAUCGUUGUUCAGUGUGGUUGUUAUUCCAAACUCCUCUCCCACUAUCCCCCACGUGCGACCACACAGUGUACCUCAACAAUUUCUCCUCAAUAAAUUGGCUAAAAUCA